AUGUGGUGCUCGCAGUCCAUCGUCUUCGCCACGACGGGCAUCAUCGCCGGUGUCCUCGCCCAGAAGAACAGCUCGCUGCUGUGCAAGUCCAUCCCGGUCGUCGACACCUUCUUCCUCCCGCGGCCGUUCUCGUCCAAUCUCUCAGACAGUUUCGUCCAGACCGACGCGCCAGGUCCCGUCGGUGCCCAGAGCCAGGCGGAUCCGUCGUCGCCGUACAUCUGCUUCGACGACGAGUUUGCCGCCCUGGUCCAAGGGGAGCCGGUGCUGGCGGUGAAUCAGUCCGGCCUCACGGCGUUCGAGGCCGGCGCAUGGGCUCCAGAGGGCAACGCCGUCUUCCAUUUGGACAACGGCACGGUCACGACCCCGGCGCUGCACACCACCCAGACGCAGUUGCUCCCGCUGGCGAACCCGAACGGCGGGUACUACUUCAACGGCACCGUGUACUUUGUGCUGGCCGGGUCGCCGGACGCCGGGGGGUCCAUCGUCACCAUCAACCCGACGACGUUCGAGACCGACGAGAUCGUCAACUCGUACUUUGGGCUGCAGUAUCCCAGUCUGGACGACAUAGCCCUGGUGCCUCCACGCAGUAAGAGUCACCCGCAGUCCUGCGCCGUCAACGGCGAGGUCGAGAUGAUAUUCUCGUGCCUGGACUUCAACGCGUACGGAUACCCCUUCCACACACCCGACGUUCCCAACUCUUACUGGAAAUUCACCCCGCGCACACAAACCCUGCGCGCCGUACUGGACCGGGCCGACAUCCUCUUCCCCAACGGCGUCGCGUUCGACAAGAACUUCACGACCCUGUACGCGUCUGAGACGGCGUACACGGCCACGAUCGGGCCGUCAAACUCGAGCACCGGGUUCCCGGGCAUCUACAAAUACCGCCUCGGCGACGGGUGCACGCCGCACGACAAGGAACUGUUCGCCAUGACGCGCGGAGGAGCGCCCGACGGGAUCAAGGUCGACGAUCGUGGCAGGGUCUGGACCAUCGAGGCCGAGGGGCUCGUGGUGAGAAAUCCGCAGGGAAAGGUCAUUGGCAUAUUCAACCGGUGGUUCUUCCUGGACGGAGAGUCCGCGGAGCUGAGUAUGGGCAACUUUGCCCUCGCUCAUGACAAGGUCGUCUUGUUGGCGUUUUCCAAGAUCUGGGUCGUCCAGUUGAGCGAGGUUGUAUUCUCUGCGGACCGACUCUCCAUAUGA